AUGGCCACGACACAAAACCCAGAACCAAUACCUCUCUCUUCCCCUUCUCCUGCGCCAACUCUAUCAAAUUCAACUCACAACGUUCUCACUAGUGAUACGACCCUCUCCACCCUCUCGGCCGUUCAUCCCCUCUUACUGGAUAUCCUACGUAUCCUCAUUCCAACAGUCUUACUUCGAGUUUCCAAGACCUUCUACGACGACUUGGUCCCUGGACUAUAUCACACCCUAUAUCUUAAUGAAGGGAACAUACGAGGUAUCUUAGAAGGGUACGACGAUGGAAGUGGAAGGAAGAAGGAUGCUUUGGCACUGGUAAGGGAAUUGACGAUAUGUGAUUUACAAGUAUUAGAAUACCUGUCGGAACUUGAUCCAGAUAUACAAAAUGAUAUACGAAUUGAUCGUUCUCAGCAAACCCAAAUCCAAACUCUCAACGGACCCAUACAGUCACAAUUAUCAUCUGAGAACGAUAAACGUAUCGACAAUCAUCCGGAUGAUGGUAUUCUAUGUUUAUUCCCUAAUCUCGAGACCAUACAUCUUCCCUUCAAAUUCAUCACAUCCCUCAAUCAACUUACCAUCCUAUCCAAUGAGAUUUCCCAUGAUGACGAUCAUCUACACCGCACCAGACGUGUCAAGGCUGAACGUAAACUCAAUUUAUACCCAUUAAUAUUCUCUCGAUAUUUCAAUGCUAGAUUAAUCACUCUUGAUUUAGGUCAAGAGAUAGAUACGGAUUUAUAUUGGGCAUUCGAUUCUACUUUAUUCAAUUUACUUGAUUCGAUUCCUCAAUCUAGAAGUAUGAAUACGAAACUGAGGAUAGAGACGGUGUCACCUCGAGAAAGGCCUUCAAGAGGUUAUAUACCUCAUAAUCUCUUACAAGCUUCGACUAUCCAUUUUGUACCCAUCCGAAAGACCACCGGAGCAGUCGUCGACCCCGCUGCAAAUUCAGGGGAGGCGUUCGUUGGUACAGGUUUAGUGGAAAUAGGGAAGAAUGAAGAUUUGGCUAAAGUCAUAAGAGAUCAUUAUGACGUACAUACCUCUCGACCGUCUUAUCCACCUAUACUGUAUCAUGUGAGGGAUGUGCGAGGGGUGAUUGGGGAGAUGGAGAAGAUGAUGGAGUUGAGGGUUAGAGUGGAACAAGAGUUGUUGGUCGAUGAGGACGAAGGAGGAUUAUUAAGGGAAGAAAAGUAG